UUUAGCACUGCAGUGUAUCCUUUAGAUUGUCAGAGAUCGUCGUGGGUGAUAGGAAGUUAUAGCAAAUGUUAAGAAGAAAAAGUCAUGGAUGAUUAAUACUUUGAUUGCUGUUAAUUAACGUAGUGCUAUCGUAUUACGAACAUUAAUUUAUUGAACAUUCUCGUCACAUUGGAAAAAAAAUAAAUAUGCAGUGUCACACUGAAGGUGAAGAAAUAGAAUGAAAAAGGAAGAAAACAUGUCAGCUAAUUUGCAUAAAGAUAGGGUCGGUGGGAAUAUGCAAAUGAGCUUAGAGACUGAGACAUCAGAUUUACAUAAUGAAAACAAUUCAAGAGAUAAAGUGGAGGGAUGGGAGAAUGAAAUGGAUUCAGAUGACCAAGGUGAUACGGUCGGUGAGGUCAAAGCAGAUGAUAACAAGUCAUUGGAGAGUGUUAAUACACAUGCGGGUAAUGGUAAUAAACACAACGGGGAAUUGCUCUCUGUUGUGCUGCCAGAAGCAUCCAAAACAUUCAAAGUUACACCAGGAGACUGUGGAAAUGGUGAUAAAUCAGUUGAUGUUGACACAGGUAAACAUUUAGAUACUGCUUGUGAUGUGGCUGAGUGCAGUGAACAUUUAGAGGACAAUAUUGAAGAUUUAAAAGCUAAAGAUGUAGGGGACAGUGGUCUAUUCGGCUACUCACCAAAAGAUGAAAUUCAGAGUUCUGAACGGAAUACAAAAGUGACAUUGAAGUGGACUAAUAUUAAUAAUUCUGUUAAGGCUGGAAAUGUGGAGGAGGAUGAAAAAAUUAAGAAGCAAAGUGUUAAAGGAGUGACAAAUGAUGGGAAAAGCUCUUCUGUAAACCAUGAAACUAUCUUAACGACAAAAAAACUGAAAUUAGAAUCUGUUGUAAAUGGAAUUAAUUCGCAGAAGGCUGUGAGUCGAGUGAACAAGGCGGCAAGGCGUAGUAGCGAGAUUCGUCCGCUGAACGAGGAAGGUUCCAGCGGGGAAACCACCGAUAAUCUCGACACAGCCACUUUUAAUGUGCCAAAGAAAACUGUCUCUCGUCGAUAUAGUGAUGUAAGUACCAGGUCCAGUUCUGGUGCAGGAUAUUUGUGUGACAGUGAAAGCGGAGACGAGCGGGCAUCUGAUGCCAGCCUCAGUCUGGACAUCUUCAAGCCACUGAUCCCAAAUAACAUCAAGUGUUCAGUACAGGGAGGCCCUACUCUGUUGCAGCCCCCUGUGUCUACACAAAGUAAGACAAUCACUACGGCAACCCACGUGAACACCUCAACCACGAGUGAUGUGACUGUUACUUCCACCGUCACCACCACAACCAGCUGUCUCUCGCUGCCCGGCAACACCAUCACCACUGCUAGCGUUACUGUGACUACCGCACACCAUGUUGUGAGCACCACCAGUAGCAGUAGUCACCAGCACCACCUGCAACAGCGAAAGUCAAUACAACAACAACAACAACAACAGCUGAAGCAAGUGCAACAACACCUCCCAGCUAGUCAUCAUCCUAAUUUUCAUCAUCAACAGCAACAACAACAUCAGCAGAGUCAACAUAAAAGCAGUUAUCAUCAAAAUUAUCAUAAUCAUCAGCAACAGUUAAAUUCUGUGGAAUCGAAAUAUCAGCAUUUUAAUCAUCAGCAUAAGUCAAAUAAUGAUAGUCGUGAUAUACGUGACUCUCACUUAGCAAACAAUACGUCUUCAGUGAUUAAGCGACGGCCAUCACCGCCGCCGCUGACACGCACAACUCGACCAUCAUCUCCGCCGAAGCAUCGCUCGCAUCAUUACCCGUCUGUUUCGCAUCACUCGCACACCUUAUCGUCUUCUGUGCCAACGUCUCUGCCACCGAGUUCUGUGAUCAACCGUGAGUCGAGGCAGUCUAAUCGACCCCCGUCGCGAUCGACACCCCGACACGAGAGCAGUCGAGAUCGGGACAUUUACCAGUCCCUGCCACCCAGUAUUGGUCCUUCAUCCAAACCGUUAUUUACUCCUGGCUUACCUGGGCAUGGGGUGCCAAGUACCAGUUUCUACAGUCCGGUGUUAGGUGGGCCAAGUCACAGUCAUAGUCUCCACUCGACACCCCCUACGGUGACCUACCCCGGGGCCAGCCCGACCCUCCCUGGUCACCCGGCCCUACCCCCAGGUUUCACCCAAACAGCCACGCCCCAGGCUGCCAUGUUUGCACCGCCCCUCCCCCAGGGUCUGCCCAAUGGGCCCCUCCCUGGGGCUCUAGGAGUUUCGACAUCUGCGCAUCUUCCUGAGUCUCUCUCCAACCCAGACUUGUUACGCGACGAGUUGAAUCGUCGUUUCCUAAUCUCCCAGGAGAGGUCCUUGCUGGGAAACAUACCGUCACUGCUCAACGGCAACAUUCAUCAACAUAUGCAUCAGCACCAACAUAUGCAUCAACAUCAGCAUACGUACCAGGGGGGCAUGCCCCCACCCCCCGCGAUCUCAACGCCCUCGCUAGUCCCCACACCUACCCCCAAUCCAUUUGACAAGUUGCCUAGCAACCCAUUCGUGAGACCAGGGCUUCCCCGGCCCGGGAUAGUGGAGCCCGCACCGCGCCUUCUGUCUGCGGGUAAAGAUAAGCCCUUCAUGCCACAACACCCGACUAGAAAUCCCGGGGUUCCCGGUCUCCCCGGAUACCCGUCGCCGUUGCCUGACGCCCUUCAGUCUGGAAUACCUGGAGCCUUCCAGCCCAAGAACCUGCCGGGUCUGCCCCACAAUGUGGGUCCCUUGUUCAUCCCUGGGCGGGAGGUUGAGAAGGCCUCCCCUCAUCUCCCCCUGACCCCAGGCUCCAGCUCCACUGCCAAGAAAUCUGGGAAAUGGUGUGCAGUGCAUGUACGGAUAGCAUGGGAGAUCUACCACCACCAGCAGAAAUCCUCUGACAAGGCCGGAGGCUCAGACUCAAAGGACCCACUGCGUCCCCCGAGCCAUAUGCUUCCUGGGAUGUCUCUUGCCAGACCAUCUGACCUGUCUGGCCAAGGGUCAUCAAUGAUGGUGGGGUCAGGGCGAGGACUUCUCAGCUCCAGCCCGCAUGCCAUUCUCAACUCAUCAUCACAUCUUUCUACAUCAUUCCCAAGACCUUCACCAUAUUCCAUUGGCAGCAGCUUGCCCCUUGGCAUAGGCAAUGGUCUGCCAUCUAGCAGUCGUGAUGUUGGCGGUGGAGGGCCAAGCCUCACAUCUAGCAGUGGGAGUGGGGACUGGGGGCGUGUAUCCCAUCGGACCCCACCCAUAUUCUCCUCACCAUGGGGCAAGGCUGAGGAGCUAAGAGACCGGGAAGCAGAAAGGGACAGGGAGAUAAGCAUGGAGAGAAGACGGGAGGAAGAUAACAGGGAGAGGCGAAUCUUAGAGGAAAGGCACAGAUAUGGCGGUCUGGAGGACAGAAUGAGAGAAAGGGACAGAAUGCGGGAAAAUGAACUGUUGGCCAAAUCACGUUCAAGGUCACGGUCACCCAUGAGAAAUGGCCGUUCUGACUCCGUCAAGUCAGACAGGAGUUACCACGAAAGGCGGCCAGACGAGAACAGUGUCUUGAAAGUGAAGGAGGAGCGCAGGGAAAGUAUGACUCAUGAAGAGGAUCGUUUUUCAGAACGUGACAGGUUUUUGAAAAAUGAAUUUAUGGGUGGAGGUAGUUUACGGACUUCAGAAGCCUUCUUGCAGGCUAGUUUGAUGGACAGAGCUCGUAUGAUGACCCCAGCAGCGUUUUUCGCUGGUGAGAGAGUGCCGCCACACCCUUCCCUCUGGGGAAACCCCUUUGACAAGGGCCCAGUGCCAGUGCCAGUGCCAGUGGACUUGCAGAAUAGAUUAAAUUUUCAGCGAGAAAUGGAGCAGGCUAGAGACAAUUUGUUAAACCGGUUUCCAGGGCCUGGUGGUCUUCCCCCAGGCUUCCCCCCGGGGUUGUCGCCAUUUGAACAAGAGAGACUCCGUGAGGAGAUUCUCAUGAGAGAAAAAAGAGAUUAUCUAGAAAGACUUCCUGUAUUCGAAAGGGAGCGACUGUUUUAUGAAAACAGUAAAAUUCCGGGCCUACGCCCCCCUGAGCACCUGCAUUCUUCCAUUGCUCACACUUUUCCACACACUAUGAGUCCAGCAUUACACAACCAUAUAAAGCGGUCCUCACCAGCAGUUAUGCCGGGUGCCCCGCCCCCUUUGAUCCACAACAGUGGCGGCUUACAUUCAAGGGGUCAUAACUCACCAGCAGUGAACAAAACAAAAGGAGUUAGUCCCACAGAUUCAGUGGGAGAGAGUAAACGGGACUCAAACUCGAAUUCAACAGAUCCUGAUGCUCAUUCCAGGUAGUAAAAUGGAAAUGAAGCGGACUAAAUGUUAAGUGAAAUUAUAACAAAUCAUGUGGGUGAAAUGUGGAAAACUAGGGCUUUGAAUUGCUUGGAGCAGUAACUGUGUUUGUGUAGACGUGUUUAUAAUGUGAUAUGAAUACAUUGCCUAUGUGACAAUGUAAAAAGCAUGGAUUUAUAUUGAAGAUUCUAUAUAAUACAUUCAAUAUGGAUGAUCAGGGUUAUUCUUAACUAUAAUGAAUUCAAUCUAAUGAUUUUUAAGUGCUUUGAUUAACUAUGACAUAAAUUCUUUACAUAAUUUUGACAUUUAUAUGCGUUGAAGUUAUGCCUAAUAUUCAUACUUUUUGUAUGAAUUAAAUACAAAUUAUAAGAUAUGCCUGAAUUUAAUUGUUGUUAAAAGUAUUACUAUCUUGUCAGAUGUAUUUUUUCUCUAUUGUACGUGUUCUAUUUAUGAUCUCAUAAUGAAUUCUUAACUAUUUCUUUGCCAGAUUGCUUGUUAUUAUAUUUGAGGGGACAUGGAAAAUUUGUAAUUAAUUAUUUCUAUAAAGUGUGUAAUUAUCUCUACAAAUUUAGGAUCAAUUAAGCUUAUCAAGGUUUCAUGAAACUAACUGACAGCAGUAAGUACACUCGUUCAAAAUUUGAAAUAGAACAAACGAAAAAGCUGAACAAACAUGUUUUACUUCCAUAUUUCUUGUACUUUUUUUAGAAAGAGUUUUAGAUUGACCUCAGCAGAAGUUUUAAUGUCUUGAUCUAAUGAUCAAAAUAAUAAGUGACUAAAGUGCACAAGGAUCAUAACUCCAUAGGGAUAUAGAAGGGCACUCAGACCAGUCAAUCGUUUUAAUGCUGAGAUAUGUUUACAAAUAUGAACCUAGCUGUAAAACAAGAAUGCUGAGAUAUGUUUACAAAUAUGAACCUAGCUGUAAAACAAGAAUGCUGAGAUAUGUUUACAAAUAUGAACCUAGCUGUAAAACAAGAAUGCCAUAGAUUCCAACAAUUCCUCCGUCUUGCAAGUCUUAUUCCACUUUCUAUGCCGUACAAGUGCUAUCAGAGUAAAUGUCAAUAUUGUCAAUCUAUUUUAUUUAUUACUGUAUAAUGUAAUUGUAUAUUAGCACAUUCUUGAAACACACAUGAAAAUGUAUUUCUGUUAUAAUAAUAUAAUACAGACAGAAGAGUUAUUAUAUGGCAAAAAAAAACAACAACACAAUUUACGUAAUGCAUUUUCUGGAAACAGACCAGAUUUCUGUAUAAUAAAAUUGCCAUGAAAUUGUGAACUACUGAACUGUUGUAGCUUCAGUUUAUUACUUCUUGACGUUGUUGCUGUUUUGUUUGAAUACUGUUUCACAAAGCUAUAAAAUAGUGUGAUACAGUGGAAUAGUAACUAUUUAUAUAUAGUGAUUGACAUUGUUUCAUUUUAUGAAUGCACAUGACAUGAAAUAAAUGAAGAAAACUUA